AUGCAUAUCUUUCGCUUUAGUAUCCUUGUGACGGCCUUUAUUACUUUCGUUUCACUUUGUGCUGCGCGCACCGUAAUUACUCUCGAAAAAUGCACCACCCGCUCAUGCGGGGUUCCCGUCAAAGUCCACAGGACUACAAAAACUGUCUGCGCGACAGCACGAUACACUAUAACGCGCUGGAAGACAGUAACAGCCCCCGCAAAAAUUGUAACCGUGGUGGAUACGAAACCGGCUUGGAAGACAAAGACGGUUACUGUUAGUACUGUCACCAAGGGGAUCCUUGUUACGACGGGAGAGCGCGGAACGGAGAUUGUCAUACGCACAAAAACCAUUUCCUCAUUUAUUGCAACUCUGCCCGUAUUUACCAGAACCAUCCGCCCUCAGACCGUGGUGAUACCGGGACCUUCAGGAAUAUACGGUGUGAAUCAGGACCCCGCGAAUAAAGCCGGACAAACGAUCACGAGGCGUAACGCCGAACCCGAACCAACUGCUGGUGCCGCAAAAAAGUACCCGAGCGCCGUAGUAUGCACCAAGACGUUGCUCACAAAGACUGGAACAACUGAUCUUUGGAAAACAACUACGAAGAAGAAGGGAACAAAAACUGUUUCGAAGUCCUACACAACUUCAACGAGGACAAAGACCGUUACCGUAAAAAAUGUGAAGACCAUCACCAAGAUAGUUGGCUUCGUAAGGAACACUACAUCCAUAACAAGGUCAACCACUAUCACAACGCUUGUCACCUUCUUUGAGAAGACGGUAACGGAAACCCUCCCUACCCCUACCGUUUAUGCAGCAUGCGGGGCUUCGAAUAGAGUACCACCGGACGAUUUUGGGACAUUCUGGCUUGUCGGCGGGCCUGGGUAUAGCGAUGAUGAACCUACGAUUUACACCGAAGGUGAUAUGAGCCAACACGAUUGUUGCGUAUCAUGCUGGACACUCCCCGCGAGUAAAGGGAAAUGUGUAGGCAGUAUAUAUUACUAUCUCGGGCGCUGGGGAGAUGAUCUAUGCAGUGAAUUUGACGAAGAAUGCGGAAUAACAAAACCGGGAGAUAUUACGGCUGGAUGCAGACUGAUUUUGGAGUCUAAGAAAGGCGUCUGUCGCACCUCCGGUUACUUUUUCUACCAGGACGUAACGAAUCUACCAAUAAUCUUUAGUAACGGACCGGGCUGUUUGAGAUAUAAGUAUACUGGUAUAAACACUCGGGUACCCAUGUGGCCAUAA